GUCAUUUUGUUGUAGUCUGUUUUGCUCUUUGUUUGUCUGUUUGUUUUUGAUUCUUUUAAUCUUAUUUUUGGAAAGAGUUAAUCUAGCUAUUAAAUUGGUCAUUAAUUAACAGGGUAAUCAGCUAUCUGAUACUGUACAAUUAUAUCCACAACAGUUCAACAUCAAUUUGAGACCAGGGGAAACGGUAAAUUUUAAUGUGUCUGUUCGUCUCGUGGAAAACUUUCCUUUAGAUCUCUAUUAUCUUAUGGAUCUAUCAUUCUCGAUGAGAGACGAUCUAAAAAAUAUGAAGCUUCUUGGCAGACAGUUGGCAUCUGCUUUGCGACAAAGGACGAGCAACGUUCGUCUUGGGUUUGGAACAUUUGUUGACAAGGCGGUUGAUCCUUAUGCCGACAUGGCUCAUAUUAAUGAUCCGUGUGGUGGCAAUCUCUGUCGUCGACCAUUCUCUUUUAUAAAUAAUUGUCCAUUGACAGAUAAUAUUCAAGAUUUUGUUAACAAAAUGAACAACGAGUCAAUUUCUGGUAACUUGGAUUUUCCCGAGGGAGGAAUAGAUGCGUUGAUGCAAGUUGUUGUGUGUAGAGAUGAAAUUGGUUGGCGACAGAAUGCAAGACGGAUUGUUAUCAUGACAACUGAUGCAGGCUUUCAUUUUGCUGGUGACGGCAAGUUGGGUGGAGCAGUGCUGCCUCAUGAUGGAAAGUGUUACCUGGACAGAUCUGGAGAGGGAGGGAAGUACAGGGAAGAGAUUGCAUCGAUGAUGGACUAUCCAUCGAUUGGACAUCUUAACAACAAACUGGUUGCUAAUGAUAUCAUUCCAGUAUUUGCAGUUGUCAGAAACUACAUUUCUAUUUACAAUCAUCUUGUAACUCAACUGACCAAUGCAUACGCUGGAGUACUCGCUCGUGAUUCAUCAAACAUCAUAAAUCUAACAGAAGACAUUUACGAUAAUAUUGUGUUGAGUGUUUCUCCUAUGAUUCCUAUACAUCAAGGAAUAACAAUUGGUGUAAAUGCAAUUUGUAAUGAGAGUUCUAGAGGCAUUUCUGAAAUCAAGAAGUGCAGUGAUGUUCAUUUAGGCCAAGAAGUCACAUUUAUGUUCAAUAUCACUGCAACAUCAUGUGAUGACAUACGUCGACUCACAUCUGGGUAA